GCGAUAUACAUGUAUAUGCUAUAUACCCGACACAUUUAAGGUUUCGAUCGCCGCGGUUAAAUCAUUUGAUAAACAUACUUCACUUCACUUAAAUCUCUCAUGUUUUCAAUCGCUACUCUACAUGUGUUAUACUGAUCGGAUCCGAAAUUAGCUAACAUUGUGUCAUAGUAAACCAUACUCUAAAAUAGUGCUUGUAUUGGAUAGCGCUGUUCACACUCGUUUCGUGGCUUCUUAAAAUUAAAAAAAAUCCCAAGGAAGUGAGAGUAUUCAUGUAUGAUUCUUUAUCAAAAUUUAUCAAAGGAUUUACUUUAUUGUUGUACAUGUUUAGUUGACGUUGUGUGAUCCAUUUUAAUGUUUUAAAGUGCAGGUUUACGGUAGAUGCAUCACAAUUUAACCACGAAUGUUUAAACUUUGUCAUAUCACUCUUUAUUUCAUUGAAAUAUUGGUGAAUUAACUGAAAACCCAUUGCUCGAACUUAGAAUUCUAUCAUCAAAGUAUACAUUAUGUAAAUCAAGUGUGACUGGAUUAUACGAUACAGACAGUAUGAGGCGCCCACAGACCGGAAGAAGGUCCAUACGACCUCUCAGUGCAGCCAGUCUGCGCCCAACCAGCGUGGUCAGUGCCCAGGAGGGGAUCCUUUCAUCCGGUCACCGGGAGGGGAGGCCGAAGUCCGGCAAGUCAUUGACCUUCCAACUGUCCCCCGGGCGUCACACCCCCGCGCUCUCAGUCUCGACGGCGGAGUUCCGGUUCAUCCAUAGCCGCGACCUGAAAACACCAGUGUCCAGUACAAAAGUCGCCCAUUUCCAUAGCAAUGACAUUCCUAGCGGGCGAAGCAUCCAGCUGAGUUCAGUGCGAGAGGGCGCCCGCAGCCCCACUCCAAACGCCGUCAAGGACAUGGAGCCCGCGUUCCUCGAUCUAAGUCUAGAAGAGGCCGGCGUCACCGUCUGGAGGGUCCAGGGAAAGAAACUGCGGGCAUGUGAUACAGAUGAGCACGGAUUCUUCCACGAAGGGAAUGCAUACAUCGUGCUGAAUGUAAUCAAUAGUUCAGAACGUUCCUUGCAUUAUUGGUUUGGAUCCCAUUCGAAUGAGAAAGAGAAGAAACUGGCAGAAGAAAAAGCCCACCAGUUAGACCAGAUUGUCGCCACUGGUCAACUGUUUUCUAGAGAGGUUCAAAACCACGAGUCCACUGUCUUCCGUCGAGUGUUUGCUGACGGAAUCAUUUACAUCGAGGGUCAGCACAAGCAGAACGUGGUCAAGGCCUCCCAUUAUGAGAGGCGCUUGUACGUCGUCAGCGACCGGAAGUAUCCCCGGGCCGCAUGUGUGAUGCCCAGUCGAGAUCACAUCAAGUCUUCCAAUGUGGUCAUUCUGGACGGCUACCCCCGGAUGUAUGUGUGGAUUGGCAAGGACAGUCCGUAUGUCCUAAGACAUAAGGCCAUGCAACUAGCAAGGAAAAUACAGCUCCGCCAGCGAAAAGGCAUCUGUCACAUCGUCGUUGUUGAUGAAAACGAUGCCAGUCUGAGCGAAACUUUCCGCCGGAAGUUCGAUGAUACGUCAUAUCCGGUGGUGAAACCUAGCAAUCGUGACACGUGCCAGCAAACAUCUUUAUCAUCUACGACAGAAAAUGAACAGUGCCUGGUACUUCACAGGAUAUCCGGUGAUCGAGUCCUCUAUGAUAUGCCGGAAGCCCACCUGCCACCACUGAAGCAGUGCUACCUGGUGAGACGCGAUUGUUUCCUGGUGGAUCAGGGGCCAGAGUCCACGCUCUACAUGUGGGUGGGAACGAACGCCAUGGAGGCGGAAGUGAACCACGCCAUCACUCGUGCGCAGACGUUCCGCGAACACAAGGGUUAUCCAGCCACUGGCGCCAUCUGCCGCGUGCGCGAGAAUCACGAGCCGAGCGACCUAAAGCGCUGCUUCUGUGACUGGCGGGACCGACCCACCAGGGAAGCGUCCAUCACCAAGCGUUACAGCGCCGGCAACAUCGGUCGGGCGCUGUUUUCGCGUACAGACAGACGCACGGUCGCCACGAUGCAGGAAUGUUGGUCGGAGGACACGGUGGGGGAACAUCGGAGAAACACUCAGGUCUGGCUGUUAGCCGACGACACUCUGGAGACUUGGGAGCACGUGGGCGUGUUCACCAACAACAGGUGCUUCCUGCUGCUCCACACGACCAUAGAGGGCGCCCACUACCAGUAUAUUAUUUAUUACUGGCUGGGUGGAAAGUCGACUGCAACGGACCAUGAACGAAUCGUGCACUUUGCCAUGCAGAAGAACAAAGAACUGGACAAUGUCGCAGUAGUGAUUCGAGUGUUGGACGGAAAGGAACCUCAGCAUUUUAUGACGUCACUAUCAGACUGGAUGCUCGUCUACGACGGCGAGCUUUCCCAGGACGUGGGGGCUGACCGGAAGUUGUUCUGCGUGCGGGACGCAGGAGAUAGAGCCACGCGUGUUCAACAGGUUACUUUGGACUGGUCAAGUUUAAACUCGUCAGCGUCUUUCGUGCUGCUUACACCGGAAGCGGCAUUCCUGUGGUUUGGCAAGCUCUCCGGAAGUACGGAGCGGGAGGCGGCUAAGGACCUCCUCGGCGUCCUCUGUACCACCAAAAUGUAUUCAUACGAAGUGGUGCCCGAGGGUAAGGAACCCCAGUCGUUCCUGCAGUACAUUGACGGAAAGCGUAACUAUAACAACGAAUACAAAAUCAAGGUGCUGGAGAGACGUCCUGCCACCUUGAGUUAUUUCGACCCCGUGACACAGACAUUUGAACUAGUUGAUCAGUUCCUACAGGAGGAUUUAUCGGAGGAAGAAAUACUCCUGUUAGAUACGUACGACCAGGUGUUCGUCUGGUGCGGAGAGCGUGUUCAAGACCGACAACAUCUUUCGGAUGUCGCUAAGUUAUACAUGAGUUGCGAUCCUUCAUGUCGCGAAUUCGAGUCCGUGUCGGUGUGGAUGAUAUCACAGAGGAGCGAGCCUGUGGCCUUCAGUAAACACUUCCGGUCCUGGAACGCUCUAGGAUACUCGGGUCGACACUCAUAUGAAGUUAUGAGGAAACGAAUACGGCAAGAAAAUGCAAAAAUAGAUAUUGAACAAAACCUUGUGGAUACGACGUUUAUAACCCAGCCCAAGUACCCGUAUGUGACCCUCCUGAAGGCCGAAUUACCCGAGGACGUGGAUGAUACCAACAAACAUAAUCACCUUACGGAGAGACAGUUCCAAGCUAAUUUGAAUAUUUCCCGCCUUGAAUUUUAUCGUCUGCCACUGUGGAAGCAACGUCAAAUCCUGCGUUCAGCUCGUCUGCUCUACACACCGCCAUUGAUUCGACGCUCGGAAGAAUAAAACUCAGGCAAAAAAGGGGGCCACACAAAGUGUUAAAAACGUUAUUGAGCAUUAAAACGCAUUUACGGAUUAAACAUGCUGUUUAUGUUGGUACUUCUAUGCAUUUUUUAAUCCAUGUAAAUUACUCAUCGGUUCGAAUGUGGUAUGGCAUGAACUCAAGGCGAAAAUCAAAGUUUUGUCGUAGCAUGUAUUACUUAUUCCGAAAUAGAGUUAAAUUUGUUUACCCGGUAACACAGAUAAUAUAUAACAUGUACUUUGUGUUUUGUUUAACUUGGCUUUACGGGUGAACAUCGCUGCAGCUGUAUAUUACCACACUCGAGUUAUUUCGCACAAUUUUUCUACUUCGCAAGGCCUCGUAAAAUCAUUACAGUCAAAUGUGUAAACAAAAACACUUGUAAGAUGACAAUACAACGUAAACCGGUAUUUUUUAAUAGAACAAAAUGAAUUGUUAAAUUGACAAUUAAAAAUUUAAUUAUUUGCUUACAUAGGUUAUGUUUAACUAACACUUACAUGCACUUCCAUUGAUUUGUAUUUAGAUAUUUUUAUAUCUCUGUUUUAUAACCCUUUUCGUAUACAAGAUGAAACCAUACAGGUAACAUGCGGGUGUUGGGAGAAACAGUCAAACCUGUCAACCCAAUGUCAAGGGAUGACUAUUUGACCCGCGUUCUGGGAAAACUGGGAUUAUUGCAUAUGCGUAAAAUGUUAUCACAGAUAUCCCUGUGUAGUCCGCACAGGAUAUUUAGGGACGACACUUUUCGCAUUUAUGGAAUUGUUUGUUUAAAGGAAUCCUCUACGAAACAAAAUCCAGUUUAGUCGGAAAGUGCCGUCCCUGAUUAGACUGUGCGGAUUCGGGAAUAUCCAUGCUAAUCUGGGACGACCUUUUACGCGCAUGCAUUAAGCCCAGUUGUUCUCGAACGAGGCUCAUUUUUAUCUCUACUCCGCGAUCGUGAUGUCCACUGUUAAUUGUUUACAUGAUCUAUCAUCUGUUUUUCGAAUGCAAUGUUGUUUAAAGGAUACAUGUAUGUCAUCUGUUUUUCGAUUUCAAUGUAAUGAAUUACAGAUGAAACAAUUGAUGUAGGCAUAGCACAGACAACAAUGUCACAAAACGAUAAUUCGCAAGUCAAUUUUAAGUUAUUUCUUUCUUUAUUUUAAACAUAUUAAAUGCGAUGCAUAUUACUUCAAAUAUUGCGUUUAUAUUUACCAUUACCUACUGGAUUCGUGUUUAUUCUUUCACUGUUCAACACACAUGUACAUACGUGUUAUUUAUUACUGUUUUGUUUUAAUUCACGUUGAACUACUGCAAAUGUCUGUGAUAUGUUUCUUGUCACUGUUGUAUAACAUAACGAAAUUAAACAUGUAUUGUAAAAAGCAAAAGAUUGUGUUUAUUGUAUUUCAUCCAGGUUAGACAAAAUAAAAUAUUUUAUAUUCA